AUGUACGGCCCCUCGGAGAAGCAGAAGGGCCGUGCCGAGCCCCCUGAGAAGGAUGAAGGUCUGGUCAUGGAAGGGACUACCCUCCGCUCGACGCUGUCCAGCCUGGAGCAGUCCCUGGCCUCACGCAGCAAGCAGAUUAGCCAUCUACAGGAUCAGCUGAAGGUGUGCGAGAUGGCCCUGGAGGAGAAGAAGCUGCAAGCGGCAGAGAGUGAGUUGAAACUCGCGGAAAUGCUCUCCAAUCCCAACAAGCUCUUGGAGAUUCUCAGUUCAAGUGGGAGGGCUCGUCAGCAGAGGGCCUUCUACUUGCAGAGCGAGCGCAUCGCCGCGCACGGCGGCCGACGCUCCAUCGCGCGGCACCGCGCGGGCGAGAUCGCGCUGGUGCAUCAGCCGGCGACGCUCGACGACGAUGGUGCAGAGAUGUUCGACGUGGGGACGGCCGUGGCGAAUCCCUAUGUAUGCGAUAGUUGGCCCUUCGAGCCCAACGUGCUGGCCAAGAGGACUCCUCAAGAAUCCUCGAUGCCCACCUUCGAGGAGGAGACGGAAGAGGAGCUGAAAGAGGCAGAGCUGGGUUUGAGGACACCGCCACGGCGUGGCGCUCGUGGGCGUCCGAAAUCGGGCGCUGGUGGGGCUGGUGGGACCCCUAAACCCAUGGGGUACCGGGUGCCUGUGUGUUUUUUCUCAGUUGGAGUCGAAGGAGGAAGGGCGCAGCGUGGGGAGAUUAAGACUUGA